AAAACUCCACCCAAAGUCAACAACCUCGUCUCAAGGACUACUAAAAUCAUCCCAGCUAAAAGAUAAUAUCUAUUUAAGAAUGCUUCCAUGAACCUGUUAUAUGUUAAUUAAUUCAUCCGCCAUUAGUAAUUACUACCUAAUAGGCUAGGCUUGCAUAACUCAAAUGACACAUAUAAUCAGCAUCUUGCAGGUAGAUUCUUUCCUUAUCAGCACUCUACAGUGGAUGGACAAGAUCACCCCAGGAGUGAAAGAAAUACAUUUUGAAAAUUCUUCACAAGCUUCUUAUAUGAUCCAAGAUGACUUUUUGGAAAAGAAAUGUUUUCCUUUCCUUCCUAUUAUUACUCUCUUUGAUGAAGACACCACUGAUAUUCAUAAACUGCAAAAUUAACAAUUCAAAGGUGAACAUAAAGGUGAGGAUAAUACAGAAUGAAACUGAUUUCACAACACCAAUCCCAGAAAAGAAUCUUAAAUUUGAGCAGAAUGAAAUAGUUGUAAAUAAGAGCAGAAACAGAGAACCAAACGAUUCAAAUGAGAAGAAUGCUACAACAACAAAGAAAACAAUCGCUGAAUUCACUGAAAGAGCAACAAAUGAAAGCCUUAAUGAAGGAUAUGGAAACGAAAGCAAUUCUGACGAGAAAAUUGAAAUCAAUCCAACGAGUGCACCAAAUUCAGACAUUAAGACCAAUGAAGACACCAAUAGCUGUGGACUAGUGAACAUAUCAAUGUAUCAUGAUUGUGUCGAAAACACAUGUGAAGGGAAAUGCGGAGAGACAAACAACUACACGACCCCUGACUGGUUCUGUUCUUGCGACCAUGACUGUAUCAUAUAUAAAGACUGUUGUAGGGACUUUUUCGACAUUUGCAUAAAUAUCUCAUCCCUGUCAACUGAAACUCCAACAGGAAUUUCAUCAGAUGACACAUUAACUUGUAAAUACAUAUCAAAUAGACAAAACAUUUAUAUGAAGCAAUCUUGUCAGCCUGGGUACACUAACUUGGAUAUAAUGAAUAAAUGUUACAAUUCAGAUGGGAUUCAAGGUAUGAUUCCAAUGACUGAUACAACAUCCAUGAUAGUUUACGCAAAUCAUUUUUGUGCACUUUGUAACAAUGCUACACAUGUUGAGCCAUGGAGAAUGAAUGUAGCUGUUCAAAGUCCCAUGAGUCUCACAUCAAGUCAUGACGUCUACAUGCCUGACAUCAUUUCCUAUCUUCUUGAUGUCAGCACAGCUAUCAAAAGAAAGGUUGGUGUCUAUGAAUUACAAUCAAGUCAUAACAUCUCUUUCAGACAAUGCCUCCAGGUAUCAAAAACAAUAUGUCAUAUUCAAUGUAUGGACACUACCGCAAAAACACUGUGUGAAACAGGAGAGUUUGAUCCUCAGUAUACCCGGGCAGGCAUGGAUUUGUUUGUUAGAAACAAACACUGUUUAAGAUGUGAAGGUAGAAAUAAAUGCCUUGGAAACAUCAAAAAAGAUUCUCUUGAGAUCAAUCUUUCAUUAUUCUCCUACAAUAUUCUUGUAGACAGUGUUAGUAGUUCUGGUUUUGAUAUCAAAUUAGAGGGAAAUUUUGGAAUUGGUGAUCUGAACUCUGAAGUUAAAUAUUCCACCUCAGAGGCAACAUUCCUGACAUGUGGAAGACAUUUUACAUUCUUAAAUGGUAAAUGUACAAUUCAGAAGCAACUAGUUUUUGUAGCAUGUUUAUUACCAAUGAAAUGCAACAUCACCCAACAUGAUGUAAUAGAAACAAGUGAUUCUAUAAAAGAAGAAUUUGACAUCAUUGGUGUUAUUUCAAUCAGCAAAAAAAAAUAUGAGAAUCUACCAAUGCAUCUUGCUGUCGGGUUUUGGGUUCCUGUGAAUCAUGAUACAGAAACGUUAACAGAGUGGGCAAGUUUGUUUGAUGUUAGGACGAAUCUCAUGGUGAAAAAUCUAUCUUUUGUUCAAUUUAGUCAAAAUCAGUAUUGUUCAUAUGAGAUCAUGUAUAGUUCUGAUAGUCAGGCAACUGCAGAAUUGACAACACAUCAACCAAGUCAUAAUAACUCUGUUAGCUCAAUGACUUUAAGAGGACUUGUAUUUUAUUUGUUAUUCUUAACUCAGUUUUAAGAAGACUUGUAUUUUACAUUUUAUUCUUCAGUUUGACUUUUACCUACAGAUUUUAUCCAAUUUUAACUCAAGUUUCAUUUCCGUCAGUUACUUUGUCGAGUGAGAAAUUUGAAAAUGAGAAGUAUUUUUUUUCAACCUUUAUAUGUUAGUUUGUUAUUUUAAUAGUUUUGAUGGAGUUUAACAGGAAAUGAAAUUUUCACUCCCUAAAAAGUAUAUUGGUCUAUAUAAUGAUAAAACUUGUGGAAAUGAAU